AUGUUCGGAGUUGCUUUUAACGGUGAAAUUAAUCAAAUCUAUAAAUUGUCUGACUCUGGAUAUGUUUUCGGUGUUUUUGGAGGUAUCCAAAUUGAUUCUAGUAUUACUGCCAUGUUGACAAUUGCUAGUAUAAUGACCACCGAGUUGAAUGGUGUUAACAACUAUUUCUAUCUUGAAUCUCAUACAGGUGACCCAAAAACUACUUAUGGUUUUAUUGUUGCUACAGAAGAAUAUGAAGCUUAUGUUGAUGAGGCUGUGAAGACAUGGAGUAUGGGUAAGAGUUAUGAAUUCUACACUAGCACUCAAUCCAUUGGUAAUGUUAACGUGUGCCAACGACUAGCGGAAGAAGCUUAUGCCCCGGUUAACUCAGCCGAUUUUGGUGAAUGUAUCUCGAUUUUCUAUGAUUCGUCGAAGACUAUUGAGGAACAGACUGGUUUGACAGAUGAUCUACUGUACGUCUACAAUAAUGGUACGGUUUCCUUUAAUGACGGCGACAAAGUCUGUAUCUCUAUUGGUACUGCGAGCGAAUAG